AUGGCGCCACGGAAGCGUUCUGCAGCAGCUUUAGCAUCAGACCGACGUCGGUCAGGACGGCUUGCCAACACGCCAAAGAAGAGCUCUUACUUUGACGACGUCGAAGCCGAUGAAGGCGAUGGCACGCCUCCAAGGAAGAAGCGCGGGCGACCAUCGAAGAGAUCGAAGAGAUUGUCGCCGGAUACAGAAGAUUCUGCUGAGAAGUACCAAGAGGGUAGUGAUGGCGAUACAGUCGAUAAUGCCAUUGCAGCAGACGACGACGAUGACGAUGCACCACGCAAGGUUGAGAUCAUACCCCUCAUCAAGUUGAGAGAUACGGAAGGUGUUGAGUACGAAGGCCGCAAGAUUCACAAAAACACCACAUUGUUUCUCAAGGACUUGAAGGCCAACAACAAGCGCUCAUGGCUCAAAGCCAACGACGACGAGUAUAGACGUGCGCUCAAGGACUGGCAAUCAUUUAUCGAGACAACAACCCAGACCAUCAUUUCCAUCGACGAGACUGUCCCGGACCUACCGGUCAAGGACGUAAUCUUUCGCAUCCAUCGUGACAUACGGUUCAGCAAGGACCCAACGCCGUAUAAGCCACACUUUUCUGCUGCGUGGUCUCGCACCGGCCGCAAGGGCCCAUACGCUUGCUACUACCUCCACUGCGAGCCUGGCUCCUCUUUUAUCGGCGGCGGCCUGUGGCAUCCCGAGCCGCAGCACGUUCACAAGCUGCGGAGGAGCAUCGACCAACAUCCUACGCGUUGGAGGAGAGCGCUCAACGCCGAGCCCUUCAAGAGGGUCUUUUUUCCGACCGUUAAGCCGAGCGCGGGGCAUGAGGCGGUGGUGAAGGCAUUCGUGCAGAGGAACCAGGAAAAUGCGUUGAAAAAGAAGCCGAUGGGUUAUGAUGUCACUCAUCCGGAUAUUGAGCUCCUCAAGCUGCGAAAUUUCACCAUCGGCACUAGCAUCAACGUCGACAUGCUGUGCAAGAACGAUGCGCAAGAAAAGGUCGGCGACGUUGUUGGGGCUCUAUCGUCGUUUGUUACAUUUCUGAACAGCAUCGUUAUGCCAGACCCGAAUCUGGAUGUGGAAGGCAGUAGCGACGAGGAGGAUGAAGAUGAUAACAGCUAA